AUGCAUUGCUUUUUUGCUGAGCUGGAGCCGUCUAUCGACGUCACGGAACAAAACCUGGCAGACCGAGUUCGGUACAUCAUGCGCUCGAAAAUAUUUGAUGAUGCCGAACUCGAACGACUACGACGUCAGGGUAUUCCGUCGUCGAAUGAAUCGACUAUGGCUGGAGAUGCAGCUCCACAUUCGACAGACAAGCAUCCACACGUGAAAGCCGCCAUGAAUCUUCCAGUUGUGGUUGAUUCGAACGACGAUGAAAUAGUCUCCCACGAACUAAAGCAAAUGAGGAGUAUAUUGGAAGAGGCGAUUUUGGAAACGCGCAGCACCCCUCUCGAAAAUCGACCGCGACUUCCCCGCAUACCCUUAAGCAAGCGAAAUCGGGCUGUCGUGAGGGCUCUUAACCCAAUGCUGGUGACCUAUUUGGAAGCCAGCCGGGACCUUUGCGAGACGGACUCGAUUCUAUUUGCCGCCGCAGUGGCAGUUUCCCGUAUUUUUGGCGCCAAACUUCCCAUGGCUGGACGCGCUACUACACAAAGUAACGCCAUCCCAGCCUGGAGGAAAAGAAUCGAGGACCGUAUCGCAAAGGCAAGGGCCCUUAUCGGCAGACUGACAAGCUUCAGGUCGGGUAAUAAUAGACCGAGGAUUAUGCGCACCGUUAGAAUGGCGUUUGCUGGGACAAAUAUCAGUUUGUCCCAGCCGGAUAUCACGCAGAAACUAACGGAGCGCAUAGACGACCUGAAGCAAAAGAUCGCUGCUUGGGGGGAAGCGGAUUCGAUGAUUUUUCGAGGGUCAAGGCGGUUCAACUAG